AUGGUCCGAUUGAAGCACCGCUACCUGCUCGUCAACAUUCUAUACCCCGACUCGGACACUCCCACAAAGCCCACGACAAGAGACGGACAAGUCCCCGAUGUCGUAUCCUUCCGCCGUCCCUCGUCGGACAAACUCAACGCCCAGCUGCUAGCACGUAUGAUCAGAGAUGGUGUAGCAGAGUUGUUUGGAGAUUAUGGAAGUGGCAUGAUUGCCAGUAGUNNCUUGUUGGUGCUAAAAUAUCUAUCCCCUGCGACUUCUACGGCCAUUGUUCGAGUUUCGCGCGCACAUUAUCGUCUUGUGUGGGCCGCUCUAAGUUUCGUCACUCGUCUACCACGACCCAUCGAUCAAGCCUGUGUCAUUCAGGUUGUCAGAGUAUCUGGAACAAUCCGCAAGGCGGAAGAGGAGGCUAUCAGGAGGGCAAAGGCUGCGAUUCUGCGAGCAACAGCUCAUGGAAAAGGAUCCGACCUUGCACUUGAUAAAAUGCUUGGAAGUGAGGGUGUGGGCAACAACACAAGAGCAGAAGCUUCGAUAAGCAUCGGAAGCGAUGACGACGAAGAUGAGAUGGACGAGGAUUGA